CAUCUAUUUCACCUCUUGAACUUUUCUGUCUCUCUCUCUCUAGACCAGUUAUUUUUGAUCAGCCAUCUUCUGGCUGAGCUUUUCUUAUAUUCUGUGGGGAGAUUUGGUUUUAAAAAUUUCAAUCUGGGGCUCCUUUGGGUCAUUUAUUUUCAAACUCUUGAGACCCAACCAUGGGAUCCAAGCAAGUCCUAGUCACUUACAAGAGAGUGUUUCACAGACUAAGAUGGAUGGUAGCUUUGAUUGUGAUUGUGGUGAGCUGGAGCCACCUGAUCAUUAACUAACAGCACCCCUGCAACACACACACACACACACACACACACACACACACACAAAAGGUCCCCUCUUCCUUAGCGAACGAGACUGUAAAACAGAGGCGGGAAAGAGGAAGACCAUCCGUAGAAUGAAGCUGCUCAGGAUCAGUCCAACACUGAAUGUAUCUGCACUGUGAGGAGGAUGUUAACGCAAGCCUAUUACAUGCCUAUUUAUUCACAUUUUCGUUAAAUGUUGACCAGUUUGGCACAGUAGAGCGAAGGGCAUAAGAUGCCACUUCGUUCCAUUUGAUUUUACCCGGCGUUUCUUUUGGAUGUCUGCGGAUGUGCUGCACCUUCCUUCAAACUAUGAAUGCUGCGACCUCUUUCUCUCUACUCAGCCUGAUCUGUAAAGAGUGUUAAGUUCUUAAUUCUAAAGAGGAAACCAUCAGGCCUGACUGGCUGACCAUGGAAUGAGAACCCCAAGAAGCCACCCAGCAGUCAAUCUGGCCUUCUUCUAUUCUACAAGAACCCGGCAGUCCACCAGUGGAAGCAUCUCUCUAUACUUGUAGGAGCGGUAAUAGUUUUAAGAGGGAGGAAAAAGGAUACGGAUUCUCUUUCUUUCUUUCUUUCUUUCUUUCUUUCUUUCUUUCUAAGCAAAAAGAUGGCAGAGAAGUUUGAAAGUCUGAUGAACAUUCAUGGCUUCGAUGUAGGUUCUCGGUAUAUGGACUUAAAACCCCUGGGCUGUGGUGGCAACGGCUUGGUUUUUUCUGCUGUUGACAACGAUUGUGACAAGAGAGUGGCCGUCAAGAAGAUCGUCCUCUCCGAUCCUCAGAGCGUCAAGCAUGCUCUGCGGGAGAUCAAAAUUAUCCGGAGGCUUGACCACGAUAACAUUGUCAAAGUUUUUGAAAUCCUUGGCCCCAACGGGAGCCAGCUGACCGAUGACGUUGGCUCUCUGACAGAACUGAACUGCGUUUACAUUGUCCAAGAGUACAUGGAGACCGACCUGGCGAAGCUGGUGGAGCAGGGGCCCUUACUGGAAGAACACGCUCGGCUCUUCAUGUACCAGCUGCUACGGGGGCUCAAGUACAUUCACUCGGCCAACGUCCUGCAUAGAGACCUCAAACCAGCAAACCUGUUCAUUAAUACGGAAGACUUGGUGCUGAAAAUCGGGGACUUUGGUCUUGCGCGGAUCAUGGAUCCUCAUUAUUCUCAUAAGGGCCAUCUUUCUGAAGGACUAGUAACUAAAUGGUACAGAUCACCUCGCCUCUUGCUAUCACCCAACAACUACACGAAAGCCAUUGAUAUGUGGGCUGCAGGUUGCAUCUUUGCUGAAAUGCUGACAGGCAAAACUCUCUUUGCAGGUGCCCAUGAACUUGAACAGAUGCAGCUGAUUUUGGAAUCUAUUCCCGUUGUGCAUGAGGAAGACCGUCAGGAACUUCUUAAUGUAAUCCCAGUUUACAUUAAAAACGACAUGACUGAGCCACACAGACCUUUAACUCAGUUGCUCCCAGGCAUUAGCCCCGAAGCUUUGGACUUCUUGGAACAAAUACUGACCUUCAGUCCCAUGGACCGAUUGACAGCAGAAGAAGCCUUGUCUCACCCUUACAUGAGUAUUUAUUCCUUCCCAACUGACGAGCCCAUUUCAAGUCACCCUUUCCACAUUGAGGAUGAAGUGGAUGACAUUGUGCUGAUGGAUGAAACUCACAGCCACAUCUAUAACUGGGAAAGGUAUCACGACAGCCAGUUCUCAGACCAUGAAUGGCCUGUUCAUAACAACUUUGAAGCUGACGAAGUUCAGCGGGAUCCGAGGGCUCUUUCGGACGGGACCGACGAGGAGGAAGUCCAAGUAGACCCGCGGAAAUAUUUGGAUGGCGAUCGCGAAAAGUACCUAGAAGAUCCGGCUUUUGAUACCCACUUCUCCACCGAGCCUGCUUGGCAGUACCCAGAUCACCACGAAAACAAGUAUUGUGAUCUGGAAUGUAACCAUACUUGUAAUUACAAAAUGAGAUCCUCUUCCUAUCUAGAUAACUUAGUCUGGAGAGAAAGCGAAGUCAACCAUUACUAUGAGCCCAAGCUUAUCAUAGACCUUUCUAACUGGAAGGAGCAGAGUAAAGAGAAGUCAGAUAAAAAAGGCAAGUCCAAGUGUGAAAAGAACGGAUGGGUGAAAGCUCAGAUAGCGCUCAAAGAAGCCUCCCAGCAGCUUGUGGGAAAGGAGAAGAGUCAAGGCUUUGACUUUGAUUCCUUCAUAGCGGGAACAAUUCAGCUUAGCUUGCAGCACGAGUCGACCGCGGUCGACAAGUUGAACGACCUCAAUAGCUCCGUGUCCCACCUAGAACCCAAAGGCCUCUCUAAAUCGGUCAGCAGAGAGAAACAGCAGAAAGGGAUGGCUAACUUGGCCCAGCUGGAGGCCCUCUACCAAAACUCCUGGGAGGGUCAGCUGGUCGGCGGCGGGGAAGAGUGCUUCCUCAUAGAUCAGUUUUGUUGCGAAGUCAGGAAGGAUGAGCAGAUGGAGAAAGAGAACCCCUACCCCAGUUAUCUCGACAGGUUUUUUAGCAAGAAAGACCCCGAGAUGCUAGACGCUGAGCCAGCCGAAGAUGGAAAACCUGGGGAGAAAGAGAGAGAGGGGAACAUCCCGAGUAACAGCGGAGAAUUUCUCUUUAACAAGCACCUUGAAGCUAUUGCGAUCCCCCAGUUUCCCACCCCUGUUGGCUCACCCCUUAAGUCCUUGCAGGCUACCCUCACCCCUUCUCCUAUGAAGUCCUCUCCUCAGAUCCCCCAUAAGACCUACAGCAGCAUUCUGAAACACCUAAACUAAACAGCAGACAUUUCUCUCUCUUUUUUUUGUACUCGCGAAAUGUGUUCCUUUUUAUUAUUAUUAUUAUUCUUAUCCUAAGUAGUCUUUUUUUUUUUUACUUGAAAUCAAAUGAUGUAACUUCGCUAUGGAUUUCCUUAGUUUUUCUGUUUACCAUUGUUUUUUAAACGAUCCGAAAUUCCUUUUUCUUAACAUGACGAUGUUUUGUUAAAACCGGCAUGUCGUUUGCACACAAGGGUAUAUUAAAGAAAAGAAAAAAAAAAGAAAAAAGAGCUUGACAAUGCAAAUUAGAGGAGGGGGGGGGAGAAAUGCACUAAACCAGUAGAAACACUCUUCUUUUGAACAACUCGUCCUUUGCAGAGGAAAAAUAAGAACCUUGCCUUGAAAAAAAUCACACCGUGAAGACUCUUCUUAGUUGCAUGAAAAAAAUAUCUAUCCCUCCCCCCGAAACAUUUUUUCAUUUGUAUGUAUUUUAGAAUUUUUCAUACUGUACACAUUUCUUCAACACAUGAUACCAGCAGCAACUGUAAACGAAUGCAGAAUUUGGUACGCAUGUGUGUUCUACCUCAAGGUAACCGCAGUAUGUGGCAAGCAUCCAACCACCCCUAGUGCUUAUCAUAAUGCACUUCUGUUUAGCCAGCAUUAUUGUAGUAGGUGGUAUUAUGGAGAAGAAGAAGAAGAAGAAAAAAUACAUUCAAUAUUUAUAAAUAUUCUGGUAUGCAUACUUUAUAGUGGAAAUGUUAAUAUGCAGCGUUUUUAUUUAUUUUAGCAGAUUAUAUUUUCUGUAACAGUAGAAAAAGUCGAAUUCUUUUGACUUGCUUUACAGAUGAAGUUCUUACUAGCACUGUGGUUUGUUGCCUACAUAGCUGAAAUAGAGAUGAAAUAACAUCCCCCUAUUUUGAGGUGAUCCGUGUGAGUUUUUUUUUUUUCCAAAGAGAUUCCCCUUCAAGUAAAAUGUGUAUAGGAAUUUGCAAUCUGGAGGUUCUCUCUCUCUUUCUCUCUCUCUCUCCCUCCCCCCAAAGGAAUUAGGAAUUGUUUUAUCAUAAAAUGCUCUUAGAAGUCUUAA